AAAUGUCCGAAGCGCUCUAUAUAAGCUAGUUGAUGUACCCUCUUUUCCAAAAUUAGUAUGUCGAGUAGACAGUCUGGCAAUCUGCGCACUUAUUUGGAUAAAAAAUUCAAACCCACCUUUGAUCAGUACGGUACAAAAGAUGGUAUUCCAUUGUCUGAUUUGAAGAGCCUUCUCGGGAAGUCUGACCUACCAGAAUCAAAAGUUCACAAUAUUGUGGACUCAGCCGAUAAAGAUGGAGACCAGUUCAUUACUUACGAUGAGUUCCUAAAACAAGUUCUUUCUGAGGAUGAAGGAACUCUUCGGAGACUGCGUAUUCACAAACGAGUCCUCAAUCGUGCAGUGUUGGCUAUAGCACCGGAUUGUGGACGCGAGUAUCAACGGACUGUUGCUGUAAACUCUGGUUACGAUUCUAUCGAUGGCUACAAUUGGGGUGAAGCAGAUGUUGAUAAUUAUAUACAGGCGUAUGACUGUCGCCCUCCUCCUAUAUUUAUCCCUUUGAUAACUAUUGCUGAGAUUGUAGUUUUUAUUUACUACGUUGUUACUUACAACAACAAACCUAGCUCUUCCAGUAUCGUCACAGCGUCAUCUGGUGUCCCAAUUGAUAGUAUAUUUAUUUAUAACCCAACUAAACGUCAUGAAGUAUGGAGAUUUUUGACCUAUAUGUUUAUUCAUAAUGGUUAUGUGCAUCUAGCUUUCAAUUGCUUACUUCAAGUUGUACUUGGUCUUCUACUUGAAAUUGUUCAUAAAUUUUGGCGAGUUGGAUUAGUUUAUUUGUUAGGCGUUAUUGCAGGUUCUUUAGCUCAUUCUGUGAGUGACCCAUUUGUUUUGUUGGCAGGAGCUAGCGGAGGCUGUUAUGCACUUAUUGGCGCUCAUUUAGCUACUGUAAUAAUGAAUUGGGAUAUAAUGCAAGAGAGAUGGCUAAAAGAUCCUUUAAACUUUAUAUCAAGUGGUGUUGUCAGAUUAAUUCUAAUUAUUCUACUUGGUGGUGGUGAUACUGGAUUAGCCAUUUAUGCUCGAUUGAAAAACCCAGAUGAAAGAACACGAGUUGGUUUUUCUGCUCAUUUCGGUGGAUUUAUAGCAGGUCUUUUAUUAGGUGUAGUUAUUUUGCGCAAUUUAAAGGUGGAAAAGUGGGAAAAAGUUUUCUUUUGGAUAUGUAUUCUUUUCUUCGUCCUAUUUUCUAUAGCAGCUAUCUUAUUCAAUGUGUUUUGUGCAAGAAUUAACAAAUGUCCUGCCUCUAUAUGGAAUACCUAAAAAAGUCAGUCAGAUUUUUAUUAUUUUUUUGACAGAGAAAUCAUGCAUUCUUGUUCUGUGAAAACACACUUUUCCAGAUUGUGAAUCUAAUUUUUUACUUCAACGUAUAUAUGUAACUAAUCAAAGUACUGUGUGUUUUUGUGAUUGUGCCUGAGUGUGCGCCUCCUUUCGUUGGCUUCCUUUGUUAACUCUUUCUUCUUUAUUGAAUUAUCUAAGAUAUGUUAUUUUUGAAAACCGUUUGUACUUUUUCCGUUUUCCAUUUUUAUUGAAUAUAAUGCCUUACUUGUUAUUAUCAUUUUUGUCUGACCUCGUUGAUCUCUAGUGGUCAGUAUAAAUUUUAUCAUGAAACACAUACUUUGUUUCUUGUAUAAAAAAAGACAAGUAAAUACUUUCUGACUCAUAAAAAGGAAUUAACGUAUUUAUUCUUAUCUGAUCAACCUUUCACGUUCAUUUCUUAUACUUGGACAUUUUCUUAUGCUUUAUUUGCAUGACUUAUAUUAAUGUGGUACAUGCUGACACUAAAAUACAAAUUGUUAUUUUCGUAUAUCUCAUGUUCUAAAGUCUAGUCCUAGUGACUUUUGUUUAUUUAUAUUUUUUUUAAUCCAUAAUCAUCUCUGGAUAUUUUGAUUGGAUAAACUUUUGUUUUGUUUGAUUGUAAUCGAUUUAUUAGUAUUAUUUGGUUGUGUAUCAGACAAUCUAAACUAGGUAGAUAUAAUAUCAUUAUCUUUUGUUUUGUAAUGUAUCAGUGUAGCAUACAUACAUAGAGGAAUUUUUACUUUUUGUGUAUAAAUGUAAGGGUUCAUGAAGCGUCAGUAAUGAGUAUUUAUUUUUUAGAGAGAAAAAUAAACGAAAAACCGGACAAUUUAAAUAAAUAAUAAAAAGUAAUUAAGUGAGAUUACUUAUUUUUAGUUAAGACUUUUGUUUAUAUGGUUUUUUUCAACUGCUUUGUUCACAAUUUAUAUGACUAAGAUUGAUCAAUAUUUUGUUCCUCUUGCAUAAAUUGUGAAGGUAUUCUUUUUUAAAUAUACAAAUAUAUGUAUUUGUAUGCGUUGCGCAAUUAGAAACUUUAUAUUAUUAUUGUUUGCUAGUGUAUACUUUCUAAAAUAUAUUUGUGUACUU